AUGACCGAUAAACAACCUUCUGAUGUCACCAUAGACUUGAUAAACCAGGUGAUAGAAACAAACUCUGGUAGAGGGUUUGGUCCUGGACAUUUUGAAGGCUUUCAAAACGAUUCCGAACACAAUUCUUUUGGGUGUCAAGGACAUGGAAACCACUUGAACAGUCUUACACCUCUUCGUUGUGUUGAGCAAUACUUGCCUGAUCAUUUGAUAAAACAUAUUAUUCACUUGUCCAAUGAUCCUACUAUUCCUUGUACUACUGAAGAUCCUGAACCCUCAGACCAUAUCAAAGCUUGGUACACCUCGCCACCAGCUGAUAAUGAGCACAAUGAUGAUGAUUCACAUGAUGACGAAGACACUAUCAUUCCAUGUUCGAGUCAAGAAUCUGAAGAUGAACAGGAUGACUCUUCCUCUACAACACACACAGCAAAUAUCACCGUGUCUGACCUAUACCUAUAUUUGGCAACUGUUAUUGCCAUCAUGCUUGCUCCUCAACCUGAGCUCACAGAUUUCUUCUCAACAAGUGUAUUCUUUGGUAACGAAUUCAUAAAAAGUAUUUGGAGUGGCAGAGAUCAUUUCCUUUCAGUUCAUAGAAGUGUUCGUGUUAACCCCCACUAUUUAACCAGAGUGUUCAAUCAAAUUUCUUUGAUAAUUUGGAAACCCUUCCCGAACGUCACAGUUGAUGAAACAUUGAUACAAUUCACGGGCAGAUUUAAAUUUAAACAACACAUCAAAGGAAAACCUGAAGACACUGGUAUUAAGUUUUAUAUGAUGGCCGACGACUUGUGGUUCGUGAUAAGGUUGUGGCCUUACACAGGUCAUCAACCACAAGUUCAUAUCUUAGUGAUGGAUUUCGUUUCCUUCUUACCUUCUCAUGAGUACAAUAUUUGCACUGAUUCCUACUUUGGCCACCACAAGACGGCCCUACUAUUGAAUUACCACAAAUUCCGGUUUACGAUGAUUUGUCCCAAAAACAGAUUAGAAGAAGAAUGCAAAAACUUACUCUCAAGGUAUACAUUAUCAAAAGGUGAAUGGAUUGGUGUCACUAAUGGAGAUUAUGUCGCAAUUCAUUACAAAGACAAAAAACAAAUUACUUUUCUUUCCAACAUGGUUACUUUGAAGAAAAGCAAGAACAAGAAGAAAGGAGCUCCUAAAGUAAAAGAGCUCUAUGAGAAGAAGCAUGUGAACGUAGAUGUGGCUGAUAGAUAUGCACAUAUGUAUCCCGGUUGCCAUCGGGUCAACAAGUGGACUCAAUCAGCAUGGAUGGGAAUUUUCCGAAUUGUACUCGCAAAUUCAUGGAUUUUCUAUAAGAAAGCCAAAAACACUGAUAUUGAUUACAAAUCAUUCCUGAUGAGAGUGGCUGUCGGAUUUGCCCAAAAAGCAGGUGCUGAUCUUGAUGAUGAAGGAAAAAAACUAUAUGAUGCUCAUAUGAUUCAAAGAGUGCAUGAUCGUCAUGGCCAUCAUUGCCAUCAUUGCAAUAAGUAUCCAACACACACAAAGUGCUCACAAUGUGAUGAGUGGGCCUCUGUUGCCUCAUCAUCAUUGAAAUUGGCAAUCUCUUCAUCAUCCCCAACUUGUUUAUUGGUUACAACAGGCAAUCAUGGAUUGAAAAAAGGAAUUAGCAGAGCAUUCCAUACUUCAUCGAUCAUGACAUCAGCAACAACCUCCGAUGAUACCAAUGUACCCGUUUAUGUACAGAUUAAAGAAUCCAACAUUCCACCCUCUGUACAUGCAAAAAUUGGACGUAAUUUACAUCGGAAAGAGAAUCAUCCGUUGUGUAUCAUCAAGACAGCCAUUCAAAGUCAUUUUAUUAAACAAGCUGAGAAUGCCAAUGAACCCCACAAAGUUCACAUCUUUGAUGAAUUCCAUCCAAAGGUCUCUACCAAACAAAACUUUGAGGAUUUAUGCUUCCCAUCGGAUCACAUCUCGCGACAACCAACAGAUACCUACUAUUACGACAGCUUACAUUUAUUAAGAACUCACACAACUGCUCAUCAAGUUGAAAUAUUGAAACAGGGCUAUAAACAAUUCCUUAUUGCAGGAGAUGUCUAUAGACGUGAUGAUGUGGAUGCCACUCACUAUCCAGUAUUUCAUCAAAUGGAUGGUGUUAAGAUUUUUAGCAAGAAACACUUUUUGGAUCUUGUCAAGAGUGGAAAAAUUGAGUUUGAAAGUGGAAAACCUUCAUCGAACGCGAGAGUGGUACACACCGAUUAUAGUUCAAAAUCUGCUGAAGAAAUUCAACAAGCAUUUGAAAAUUAUUGUAUUCAAGAGUUGAAGGGAGAUUUAGAAGGAAUGGCUCGUGCUUUAUUUGGAGAUGUUACUAUGAGGUGGAAUUCAGAAUAUUUCCCAUUCGUCGAUCCAGGAAUUGAAUUGGAAAUUGAUUUCCGUGGAAAAUGGCUCGAAGUGUUAGGAUGUGGCUUAAUCAAGAAAGACAUUAUGAAAAAUGCAAAUUAUGAUCUCUCCGAGUAUGCUGGAUAUGCAUUUGGAGUUGGGCUUGAACGAUUGGCCAUGAUCUUGUUCGACAUUCCUGAUAUUAGACUUUUCUGGAGUGAGGACUUGAGAUUCCUCUCUCAAUUUGAUCAGUCAUUGGCCAACAAUACUCUCAAAUUAUUAUCCACCAAAUUCAAACCAUUUUCUAAAUAUCCUGGAUGUUACAAGGACAUUUCCAUGUGGGUCAAUUCAAAUUACAGCGACAAUGAUUUUUAUGAAAUUGUUAGAGAAUUAGCAGGAGAUUUGGCUGAAAAUGUUUCCAUUGUGGACGAUUUUACUCACCCCAAGACUGGCCAGAGAAGUAAAUGCUACAGAAUCAUGUAUAGAAGUAUGGAGAGAAGCUUGACAAAUGAAGAAAUUGAUCAAAUCCAAUUCAAAAUCAGAGAGAUUGUUCCUCAAAAAUUACCAGUCUCUCUUAGAUAA